CUCUCUCCAGGGUGUUCACAGUGACAGCAGUGGCCCAGCUGUGUGUGUUGGGUACUAUGUGGAUAUUUGGAGUGUUCCAGUUCCAAGAGGAGGGGACAGUGGUCAUGACAUAUCUCUUCACUAUCCUCAACUCUCUACAGGGAGCCCUGCUGUUCAUCAUGCACUGCCUACUGAACAAAACGGUGAGAGAGGAGUAUUGCAAGCUGCUGUCUUGUAUCUGCACACCACAGAAGAAGAGAUACUCAGAGGUCAGCACUACCAACCCUUCUUCCAGCCAAUCCCAGGGGUCAAGGAGCGCAGAGAACACGGGGGAGUCGCAGAUAUGACGUCACCAAACCCCCAUAAUGCACCUCUUUACCCCUCCUCCCAUGACAAAGGUUCCCACUAGAUGUUCAAACUGUAAAGUCAAAAUGGUCAAUAUCGUAAACAUUUAUGAAAACAAAUAUUUGUGUUUAGCGGUGUGGUUAAGAUAUAUUGUAGAAAUGGGAAGUGUUUCUGAUUUAGUAUCUUGGCCAGAGAGUGACACACCAGAAACACUCAGCCCGAGGAUAGUACAUUUCAGACCAGGUUAGCAGAAAAUGUGUCCAACUAGCCCGCCGGAUAGUAAAAAUGGUAGUCCACUAGCCAGGUUGGCCAGUACCCAAAAUCCUUCAGUUCCAUCCCUGAUUAGACACUUCAUAUCAAACUUGAUGUUAAUUAACCACUGUCUUAUCAAGCAUUAGGUUAUCCAAUCAGAAGUUAUAUGAUCUUCAUGUCAUCCAAUAGGAAUGAGUAUGAUCUUUAUGUCAUCCAAUUAGAAAUUAUAUGAUCUUCAUGUCAUCCAAUAGGAAUCCAUAUGGUCUUUAUGUCAUCCAAUCAGAAGUUACACGAUCUUCAUGUCAUCCAAUAGGAAUCUAUAUGAUAUUUAUGUCAUCCAAUCAGAAGUUACAUGAUCUUCAUGUCAUCCAAUAGGAAUCUAUAUGAUAUUUAUGUCAUCCAAUAGGAAUCUAUAUGAUAUUUAUGUCAUCCAAUUUCACAACCACAAAGAAAGGUACUAUUUUCUACCACUUGGAUGAAACCAUAAACGUGAUGAACAGAAGCUUUCUUCCUCUACAUGAAUGUGAUAGAUUUAUAGUCAUAUUUAUUACCAAGGGAACAAGGAUAUGGUGACUUUUCUACACGAUUAAAUCCAAAGGGAUUUAGAAAAACAUUAAGUGAAGAUUUGUGUUAGUUGUGACCUAAUGGACUGUUAUACUGUUAUACUGUAAAUGUGUAUUGAUCUUUAACACUUUUUUAAAUAACAUUUAAGAAUAAGUCUUUAUAAAUGAAUAUACAUGUUUAUAAAUUAUUAUAAAUGUUGUACAUUUUUUAUGAAUGGAAAGCUGGUAAUAUUUACACAUUCUUAUACAUUUUUACAAAUAUAAUUGUGAAUCGUUUAUAAAUCGUUAAAAGGUUUAUUCGUGAUAGUUAUUAUCAAAUGUUACCAUGGACACCUCUAUGUACCUCUACUACUGUUAAAAAGCUUGGGGUCACUUAGAAAUGUCCUUGUUUCUGAAAGAAAAGCACAGCCUUUAUCAACAGGAUUUCAGAAAUCCCAGUGGUAAGAUUUCCACAAUCAGGAGGGAAAAAACAGGAAAUCCGGAUUCUCCAACUGGGAUUGGUCACUCAUGGCUCCACCUUAAAACAUUAAACUCCACCUUAUCACUGGCCAAUGAAAUAUAGUGUAGCAAUCCUGACCUGGACUUAAACUUAGGUAAGGCAACUGUUAACCUAACAAAUUAGCCGCUAUGCCAAGAGAUCCGAACAGCUUGACGAGGUUGCUAGGUGUUGGGUUAAAGUUGUUUCAAUAGUUGUAUAGGUUUAGGAAUAAAGGAGUAACAAUGUACUGUACAGUUCUGCCAUUGUAGAGGUCCUUAGGCACAGAUCUAGGAUCAGAAUACAGUAAAUUACUGUACAGUUCUGCCAUUGUAGAGGUCCUUAGGCACAGAUCUAGGACCAGAACACAGUAAAUGUACUGUACAGUUCAGUAGAGGUUGUCCUUAGGCACAGAUCUAGGAUCAGAAUACAGUAAAUGUACUGUACAGUUCUGCCAUUGUAGAGGUCCUUAGGCACAGAUCUAGGACCAGAACACAGUAAAUGUACUGUACAGUUCAGUAGAGGUUGUCCUUAGGCACAGAUCUAGGAUCAGCUUAUCCAACCCAAAACCUAACUUAAAGGGCUAUCCAGGAUUGGUAUAUCCAGUUUUUUUUACUUUUAAAUUAUUGAUUUAUUGCUCUUGGUUCAUGUAGAAUAUAACUUAAAACUGCCUUGUGACCAGGUCAACAGUCGUUCCCCAUCAGAACAUUGUAGAAUAUAAUUUAAAACUGCCUUGUGACCAGGUCAACAGUCGUUCCCCAUCAGAACAUUGUAGAAUAUAAUUUAAAACUGCCUUGUGACCAGGUCAACAGUCGUUCCCCAUCAGAACAUUGUAGAAUAUAAUUUAAAACUGCCUUGUGACCAGGUCAACAGUCGUUCCCCAUCAGAACAUUGUAGAAUAUAAUUUAAAACUGCCUUGUGACCAGGUCAACAGUCGUUCCCCAUCAGAACAUUGUAGAAUAUAAUUUAAAACUGCCUUGUGACCAGGUCAACAGUCGUUCCCCAUCAGAACAUUGUAGAAUAUAAUUUAAAACUGCCUUGUGACCAGGUCAACAGUCGUUCCCCAUCAGUACCCCAACUAUAAGCUUGUUUUCACUCCAUUGUUUGUCCACAAUGUAAAGGUUUAAAACAUGGUUUAAAAGUAUCAUGUUGAUCCCAUGGAUGGUCAGUCCUUGCAUCCAGAGAUCCAUCUGUGAUGUUGAGAGUGGUUAAAUCUAUCCAGGCCCAUCCCUCAGCUGUUAACCACAACAAGUGAUGGGAUGACCUGUUAGUUGCUUUUUAAAUCCCAGACUGCCCCUUUAAGGUUCCACCCUAGAACUUGGUCUCAGAGUAACCAUGGAGAUUCAGUAGAGUCUUAAAACAAUCUAAACAACAUCUUCAUUCAAUGUUGUAUGUUUUAUAUUCUAUUCUGUUGCACUUUUACUUCGACAAGUUGUGUAUUUUAUACUUUUAGAGAACGUACCAUUUUCAUGUCCUUUAUCAACACCGUUCUGAAUGUAAGCACUUAGUGUUGUACUUGACUGUGUACUCUGUAGUGUGUGUGUGUGUGUGUGUGUGUGUGUGUGUGUGUGUGUGUGGUGUGUGUGUGUGUGUGUGAGAGAGAGUGGGUAUGUUUCGGUAGCUUUAGCCACAAUAAAACGUUGCUACAAAUAA